AUGACGCUGGGACAGCGACGCGCGGAAGUGGAUCUGCUCGCGAGCGCUGGCCUUCUCCGUGCGUGGAGACGACGACGGACGCUGGGACGGCGACGCGCGGAAGUGGAUCUACUGGCGAGCGCUGGCCAUGUCCGUGCAAGUGAGGCGAGAGACGUGGACCUGCUCGCGAGCGGUGGCCUUCUCUUCUCUGAGGCCAUGGAGGCUCCGUGCCGCGGAGGAGAAGGAGACAAGGAGGAGAUAAGGCGGCCCUCCACAGCGUAUGGCGGCGCUUCUCCGUCAGGCUCAGGCCUCGCGCGGCGGCCGUGGGGCAGGAGGGCGGCGGCGCCGCGGGGGAGGGGGAGGCCCCGCCGCGGCUGGUGCUGCACGACUCCCUCGACGCCGUCGGGGCGGCCACCGAGCACGCCAGGGGCGCGGGACGGGUUCGUGGCGCAGGUGGGGCGGCUCACCCGGGUGAGCGCGGGGAGCAGCAUCGCCGUCAGCCGCGGCCCUGACCUCGCCCGCGCCGCGCUCUGCGUCGCCGCCGAGGACGACACGCUCGUCUCCCACUCCUCGGUCUCGCUCCCCGUGGACGCCUUCCUCGCGUGCCUCGAUGGCCUCUCCGCGGACUUCUGCGCCGGCGGCAACUUCCCGCCCUCCGGCGCGGCGCCCGAGGUCUUCUUCGAUUAUCUUGACCGCUACCUCUACAUCCAUAAGGGGUUUCGAAGAACAAAUCGAGUGUCGGAUGCGCGGACUAUGUAUCUUCACUCGGUCUUGACAUGCCGUUCUGGAUCAGCUCUAAUGCUUGCGUUGAUAUAUUCAGAGAUACUGAAGACUGUACGAAUAUAUGGGUUACUGGAUUUUGAUCCAGAGAUUUUCUUUCCAAAUGAUCUCAAUAGCCUCCCUAGGGGUUAUGACAAACAAAAAGGCAAAUUGGGCGAUGAGCCACAUGUUAUGACUUCAAAGUCACUUUUGGUUGAGACUUUGAGAACUUUGAAGAGUACAUUUUGGCCUUUCCAGUCUGAUCAGUCUAGUAGCUUAUUUCUGAAUGCUGUUGCUGUAAACCACUAUGGCCCUGGUACUUUAGGUGAUAACCAAGCAAGGUCACAUGGAAACAUAAGUGCCAUUGAGAUGGCUGCUGCUAAAGCUGCUCACCAUAGAUUGAUGCGUGGAGUAUGGACUAAUGUUCGUUUUGGUGAUAUGCGUCGUGCUUUAGCAGCUUGUGAGCGACUGAUACUACUGCAUCACGAUCCACAUGAACUGAGGGAUUACGCAGCCCUUCUGUACCACUGUGGGUACUAUGAAGACUGCCUACACUACUUAUCAUUAUACCAAACUGCCAAGGCUGGGCAAUCCCCAAUGAAUCGAUUGGAGGUCUUGGAGGAGGAAGCUGUGAAUACUCUCAAAGCGCGGUUAACGCUUAUUUUAGCAGAGGAUGGCUGGAGCAGCAGAUGUAGACCUGUGGCAAGUUACUGGACCAAGAACUCUGAGCCGUGGUAG